AUGGGCGGCAAGGUCAAGUGGGACGCCGCGGCGGACCAGGUGCUCCUGGCAAAGAUACUGGACACCCACGACGUAUCGGUUGACUCCGCUGACCCCGGAUCGAUGCCCACAGCCCGUGCCAUCAAGGAGCGAAUUUUCAAAAUUCGCGAGCUGGCCAAGACUGCCAGCACCGGUCCCUCUGGAUCUCAGAGCCCUGCUGCGACCCGCAAGCCAGCUACGCCCCGAAAGCCUGCCAGUGUCCGCAAGGGAGCUAAAGCCAGUGAAAAUAUCACUCCCACUCCCACUUCUUCCCGCAAGCGCAAGCGUAUUAUCCCGGCUGAGGAGUCCGAGGUGGAGAAGAGCAACAAUGAGGGUGACGAGAGCAAGUACCUCUUUGACGUGCGCAUCAAGGAAGAGCCAACUUCCGGACCGGAGGAGGAUGCAGACUCGGACCGCGAGGAGUAA